AUGAAGGAAAAUUUAAGGAAAAGGAUUCCGAAAAAAGAGUCAAAUGAUGAAAAUUCCGAUCAAGAUCCCAAUCCAAUUGACAAAUAUCAGAAUGAUGAGGAUUUAAAUGAAAAGAUUCAAGAAAUUGAAGAAGACAUUCAAAAAGACAAAGAAGAUGUCAAAUCACUUAACGAUGAAGAACAAAUUGAAGAAACAGGCAAAACAUAUGAGGAAAAUGAUGAUUUAAUUGAUCGCAUUCAGGAUGAAAUCAAAGAAUGUGAGAAUCAAGUCAAUGAUGUUUGCGAAUUUGUGGCAAAUUUGGAUGAUAAUGAAAAUGAAAAUGAUGAAUCUGACGAUAAUUUGGACGAAUCAAGCGACAAUGAUAAUCAUGAAAAUGAUGAAGUGAAUAAACAGGACAUAUUGAGUCCAAGGAAAACCAGGAGUGGUAAAUCUUAUGUUCAAGAUGGAAUAAAAAUGAGACCAACCAAACGGAAUAAUCGCAAUCGACCAAGGUAUAAUCAACAAUACCUGAAUCAAAAGAAACUGAAGCACAAUUUGUCAAAGAACAGGAGUGCCAUGAGAAAAAAGGAAAAAGUCAAGAAAUUGAAAGGUUAUUUGAAUGAAAUAAUUUCAAUGAAGGAAAAUUUAAGGAAAAGGAUUCCGAAAAAAGUGUCAAACUACAAUCUACUAUUCCAACAGGUUGGAAGUGACAAGAAAGCCGAAUAUGGAAGGGAUAAGGCAACUCUGAUUGCACGAUUCAUGCAACAAAUCAAGGAUAAAGUCCAAAAUGAAGGAGUAUCGUUUAUCCAACAAUAA